AAAAAUAUAACAAAAAGAGAAGAUCACACAUUCUCCACAACAUUCACAUACAUCAACACUUGCUCUGUGAUUUAAAAGAGAAAAGAAUCAACGACAGAAGAGAGUACUCUUUUUGCCGCUGAAUUGGUUUGAGUCCGCGGCUAAUCCUGAUUAACAACUUCCAAUAAUUACUGCAAACAAACAUUAUAAGGGAUAUGGUUUAGCCCUUACAGUUAUAUUUAUAAGUUUUCAACAGGUUGCAACAUUCCAUUAAAAACUUUAUAUCAACAGCUAAAAACGGAUUCAAUUCAGCUUUCUGUUGUUCUAAAUGUGCUGAAUACUGUUGGUAAGGAUCUUAGCUAACCUAGGAAUUUAUUUGGUAUUUAAUGUACUUUAGGCCAAAAUCUUCGUAUUUUCUUUGAGAUAUUUUCGCGAGCCGGGUGGUAUAUAAACUGCGAAGCUCUGCGGUCACACUCGAAAAUUGUUUGCCCGCGCGAGGUGCUGCGUUUCGUUUCGGCUCGCAUCAACACACCAAAAAACACUCACUGCCGCCGGGAAAAUCGCGAAAUAAUUUUAAAAAUAUUAACAAUUUUGCCAGUACUUAUCGGUCAAAAAAAUAGCCAAGAAAUGUGCUGCUGAAACAAAAGGUGACAACAACAAAUCGUGACACCCUAGACAGCCAGUGUGCGAGAGUGAGAGCGUGAGAGUAGGUCGUGCGUCCCUCUCUAACACACACACUUAAUCGCCGCCGACGACGACGCGUACGCAACAAACGAAAAUAAAACGCAAGCGAAAAGGAGAGAGAAAGAACAAAUAACGCCCACCGUAACACCCCCCGCGAAUAAGAGGAAGCAGAGGAAGACGACGACGAAGAAGCAGCAGCAAAAGCAGACGGCAGAAUUGGAGCUUUGCGCAGAAAUCGAUUUUUUGCCCAUUUUAAGAGAUUUUCGGUAGGAGGUUGCCUCUCCCAUUGCCGAAAAUCGUUUAUCGCUCCAUCGUUCGCGUGUGUGUGCGUACGUGUGUGCCAGUGCGAAAGUGAAACAAACAAAUAGCACUGCAAGAAAAAAGAUUAAAAUUAUUUUUAAUAAAAAACCAGUGAGUCACUAGUAAAAAAAAAGAAAAAUUAAUUCAGCAGCAGUUUUAGCUGCUGGCAUUGAAGAGGUGCUCUGCCGCAGUCGACGUCGCUGCCGCCGCCCGCCACCACGCGCUCUCUUUGCUUGUCUCUCACUUACUCUCUCCUUCUCUCUGUGAGCGAAUAACACCACACACAAAAAACAUAAUAAUAUUAACCAAAACCAAGCCAGCAAAAGUGCCAGUUAAGUUAAAAUUAUAUACUAAAGUAAACCGAAAAAGAGAGAGCUGCCAAGCCAAAAAGCGGAAAAUCAAUAAAAGGUCUCUCGCAAAAGUGGAAAAAACGUGCAAACAAGUUAAAAGCAAGGCUGCAAAAUAAAGAAAAAAGGAAAAACUCCGCGCGCGUUUACACGUGUGGUUUAUGUGUGUGUGCGUGUUAACGUUUAACUGCUAAUCGCUUAAACGCAAUCUGCUAAAACCGCGCAACAAAAGCUUACGUAAAGCUUGGCGAAAAAAAACGACAACAAAAACAACGAAAUCAUAAAAAACAUAAGCGAUAAGAAAAAACAAAAAACCCGAAAAACUAUCAACCAAAUAGCAACGAAAUUCCGAAAGCCCGUUAAAAACGAAAUUAUCCACCCCGAAAACUCAAAACCCCGUUUACUAGGAUAAACCCCUAGAUAACCCUUACAAACCCUGUUCAAACCCCAAAACAAAGAUGACUAAAGACAGAUUAGCCGCUUUGCAUGCCGCCCAAUCCGACGAUGAGGAGGAGACGGAGGUGGCCGUCAAUGUGGACGGCCAUGAUUCCUACAUGGACGACUUCUUCGCCCAGGUGGAGGAGAUACGCGGGAUGAUCGACAAGGUGCAGGACAACGUCGAGGAGGUGAAGAAGAAGCACUCGGCCAUCCUGUCCGCCCCGCAAACGGAUGAGAAAACCAAGCAGGAGCUGGAGGACCUUAUGGCCGACAUCAAGAAGAAUGCCAAUCGCGUCCGGGGCAAACUCAAGGGCAUCGAGCAGAAUAUCGAACAGGAGGAGCAGCAGAACAAGUCGUCGGCGGAUUUGAGAAUCCGAAAGACGCAGCAUUCGACAUUAUCACGGAAAUUCGUUGAGGUGAUGACCGAAUACAAUCGUACGCAAACCGAUUACCGAGAGCGUUGCAAGGGAAGGAUACAGCGUCAGCUGGAGAUCACCGGACGGCCGACCAACGAUGAUGAGCUGGAGAAGAUGCUGGAGGAGGGCAACUCAUCGGUGUUCACACAGGGCAUCAUCAUGGAGACGCAGCAGGCCAAGCAAACGCUGGCGGACAUCGAGGCCCGGCAUCAGGACAUCAUGAAGCUGGAGACGUCGAUCAAGGAGCUGCACGACAUGUUCAUGGACAUGGCCAUGCUGGUGGAGUCGCAGGGCGAGAUGAUCGAUCGCAUUGAAUACCAUGUGGAGCACGCUAUGGACUAUGUGCAGACGGCAACUCAGGACACCAAGAAGGCGCUCAAGUACCAGAGUAAAGCCCGACGAAAGAAGAUCAUGAUACUGAUCUGCCUCACUGUGCUGGGCAUCUUAGCGGCCUCAUAUGUUAGCAGUUAUUUCAUAAUCCAAGCAACCAAGUAGCAUGCUCAUCAAGGCCAAUAAUCUGCAUUAGCUACACAUGUUUUGUAGUACAAUCCAGACGAUGCAAAUUAACUAUACUAAUUAUUAACAAAACAAAACGUAAUAUGUUUGAGUUUCUAAGAACCUUUGUGAUUAAGAUACACGGAGAAAUGCUUUCGCUUCUAAGUAGGAAAUGGCAAACUUGUUAAUGCACCAAACGAAUUCACGCGAAUCGGUGAAUUUCUUUUGAUUACAACACCUGCAAAUGUCAGACCUGCAUUAUGUGCACGUUUUUUUUUCUUAAUUCGUUAAUUCACCUUUUGAUCUUUUGAACGAGCAAAAAAGAAAACUGAAAACUGCAACGACAACAGCAACAAUCAGCACGUUUUCCACCACAACAACAACAGCAAAAACACCGCGUUUAGUGAAAAUACAAAAAAAAAAAAAUAUAUCAAAACAAAAACUAAUUUCGCUGCCAACUUCGUAUUAUGUCAAUCAAUCAAACUGCGGUUUGGUUUCAACCACGAAAAUGCAAUCUAAAGCCCGAAAAAGUAAUCAAAAUAAACAAAAACGCGACUCCGCCCUGCCACGCCCUCGUCUGUUGGAAGUUCCAGGUUCCGGGUUCCAGUUUUCCAGCCUUACAGCUUCCAGCGAAAAACAGCUGCAAUGCUCCAUUCCCAAACGCUGAG